AGAAAAAAUGAAAAGGAAAAAAGGAUGAUCCACCAGCAAGUAAUUUCUUAGUGCAUUAUUGGUAGCAUACAAAUAUAGUACAGUUUUAUAUCGCAGAUCUAGAAAACUGGUCCACCAAUACCCACACGCCGUUGAUCCGUUUCCCACAGCUGCACUCAACGGUCACGAUCGACGGACUUGGAACUGCCAAUCCCAAACCCGGAAAAACAGAUCACCUCCAAAGCAACGUCCGCACGUGACGUCGGAUACCUCACGUCACCGAUUCCUUGUCUUUUUAUUUUUUUCCUUCUCCCAUUUUAUUUAUAUCCCAAACCCUUGAAAACUUGGAGCGUUUUUUCCAUCUGCUUUCCUCUCUCCUUCCUUCCUCCAAAACCAGAACCCCUCUUUUAAAGCCUUCCUACACACCACCAAAAUAACACGCACUGUGCGUGUUUUCCAUAUACUAUAUUGAAAAUGGGGAGCUUGAGUUUCGAUAAUUUUCAUGCAAGGAAGAAAAAAGCUAUGGUGGAGCUGGUGAAGGGCAAGGAAAUCGCAGUCCAGCUGCAAACCCUACUCCACAAACCAGUUUCGGAUCGCGGUCCGGUUUCGCCCAAGCAACUCGCCGUCCUAAUCUACAGAUCCUUCUCCGAUACUCUCUCGGAGCUCAGCUCCUGCACUACCCCGCCCGACUCGGACCAGAUCCCGGCCGCUGAAGGCUCCUCCGCCUGCUCCGCCGAGAGCCCCAAGAAGAAGCGCGGGGUCAAAGAUCGGAGGGGUUGCUACAAGCGGAGAAGGACCUCAGAUUCAUGGGUAACUCGAUCUCCAACUAUCGAAGAUAAUUAUGCUUGGAGGAAAUAUGGACAGAAGACCAUCAUGAAUUCCGAAUAUCCCAGAAGCUACUUUAGGUGCACCCACAAGCAAGAAGGCUGCAAGGCUCUUAAACAAGUGCAAAGAAUCAAAGGAGAUGAAAUCAUGUACCAAACCACAUACUUGAAUCACCAUUCGUGCAAAGAGACACUAAGGCCUCCACCACUCCUCGUAAAUUCAGACCCUAUUGACCCCAACCUAAUCAGCUUUCAGACACCCAAACAAGAUCAAAUUCAAUCCUCAAAAAAACUCACGGUGAAAUGUGAGGAAUGUGUGAGCGAAGGCGCGUCCAAUGAGGCCAAAUCGACGUUGGAGGACCCAUGGCACGACAUCACCGGCCUCGACCCGUUGGGGUACAAGCCCCUGUGGUUUCCCUACCAAGAUGAAGUCGAAUCUGCUAGCUUGCAUGGGCUUGAUAUGGAGGUUAAUCAGCUUUUCGACAUACAGAAUUUCCACUAUUUUGAUUAAUUAGAUGUAUUAGCAUAUGAUCUUGUUAUCUCCUUCACUUGAUUUUUUUUUUCCCUAGUGUAAGUACAAACUAAAUAUUACAGUACAUUGUUGUGUAAUAAUUAAUGUUGGCUUCCUCAAAUGGAAGUUCUGUGCGCUAGCAGUAUUUUUGUACAGUUUUAGAUUUUGAUAAUGUAAGUGCUUCACUUUAGUAGUA